CCGUAAUGCACACUUCUUGUUCGCAAACCACAUCAUCGUAACUAAAUGGACCCCUUCGAAGUACGCAUGCAGUUCCUAACGCUGCUCAAAAGACUCAAUGCUUCCCAGCAGUCCAUCCAAAAGGUAGUCGGAUACGCCUUGAAGUACUUUUCCAGCUGCGGGGACGACCUCUGGGAUUGCAUUAUUGAGGAAUGUCAAAAGGGCUCCAUUAAUAAUCGAAUCAACAUACUCUACUUCCUGGAUUCGCUAUGCGAGAUAUCUCUUCUGGCAAAAUCACGCCCUCAAAGCUCAAAACAGGACAGAAACGCUCACUCGUGCUAUUAUGUUGACUAUGUCUCGCGAGAUCUGAACAAGAUCAUCGAGUAUGUUGUCCCGGAGGGUAGGCAGGGUCUUCCAAAUCUCAUGAGUACGAAGCAGAUAUUGGAGAGCUGGAGAAGUAAACGAGUCGUGGAUCCCCAGAAGGUCGACGAAGUUCUCAUCAUGUUAGAAAACCGUAAAGACUCUUCAAUUGACCCACAAGCAGACUCAAGACAAAACGUUCUUCCCCGCCACGAAGUUUUCAAGCGUAUCGAAGAAGACCGGGAACGACACAAGCGACUUCGAGAACGUCGUUGGGUCCAGCCUGUCUCGCAUAAUCUUCCACCCAACCAAACACCGCAGUUGGCGUCAUUCAUGCCUCUGACAGAUGAUGGGGAUGGAGAAGGCGAACUUACCUUGGACAUCGAGUUUGAGAAUGAUUGGGAGGCGACGAGCGAUUGGAACGAAGAUGACGAUGAUGCGGCGCAUGAGGAGAACGAGCUUUGUUUUCCAAGUAAGACUGUGUCCAUGGACUUGUCAGCGUAGUCUUUUUUUGAGUCGUGGUAUAUGACUAUAUGUAUGAUACAGGUGUAGAAGUAAUGUAUUCUAUGCUACAUUAAAUGCGAUUGACCGUAGUUCCCUCAAUGCUCCACAUGCCCAGGAAUUGAAGAGAAGGAAAGUGUGUUAGACAAAAUCCGUAUUUCUCAGUCUUCUCUGCGCCUCUUCGUUUUGCCCUUGUUCUCU